UGAUGUGAACAUCCUUAAUGUCUUCAACAAAACCCCUUUGAGAUUCUAGGAGAACAAGGUCAUGACGAGUAUCACACAUUCAUUCUAUUCUAUUCUAUUCUAUGAUUGCCUUUACACUCACUUGCACGGCAAAGGAACGGAGGGAGCGAGAUAUGAUUCUCAUGUUCUGCUACAUCAUUAUGCUGUACCUCAUCUCUCUACCCACUGGAUGGGACUUGCUAUCUUUCUUUAUAUAUGUGCUCCCAUGAUAUCUCAAUGCAGCAUGUACUCAAAGAGGUAAUCAGCUUCAGCUCCUUUUUUCACAAGUUUCGCCAUGACCAAUGGAAGGAACGAGAUGAUAUAUAUCUAGGGCGAUCUUUAUUCACUUAACUCCGUACGAGUAUCGCGAGACGCUUAUGCAAUUGGGACUGUUUUGGGUGUGUCACGAGUUCUUUUGAUGGUAUUAUUGUUUAUUGUUUAUUGUUUAUUGUUUAUUAUUUAUUUAUUUAUUAAUUAUUUCAAUUGUGCAUGAAGAUGCAAGAUCUAGUAUGAAUAAUCAACAUCUGCCUAGGUACGCUUACCACAUACAGAUAGGUAGGUUUAUGAGAUUUAUUAUUUUUAUUAUCUGUCACUAUCCCUACUACUUUCUUUCAGUGAAGUGAAAUCUGAAAAUGAUUUACUAAAAGAUGCUCAGACUUUAAAGUGGCGCGUGCUGGGGGCAUCAGAAUUGAUCCCAUGAUCCUUUUUUUAACCCAAUCCAUUCUUGGACAUUUGGUACCUUUUUGAGGCUUUUACUUGUAUGGACAUUGGACAUUGGACAUUGGACAUUGGACUGGAAAGGUUGACCUGAUCAUGUGUUUGUGACUUUUGUUCGCAUUCUAUCCCAACUCAUCUUCUCUUCUUUACAGUAGACAAAGAGAGAGAUAUAUGUAUUCGGUCAGUCAGAUUGAUUGAAAGGUACUGAAAUAUCCUCAGUACCAG